AACUAGACCACCGAGAUUGAUUUUGAAAACUGCAGCUACAAAUACACAUUCUUUUCCUGUGACAAACCGGAUUAGAAUUACUAGCUUGAUCGAAUAUUUUUUGAGGGAGAAGAUUAGUAAACCGUUUAGUGAGAGUGUGACUCACGAGAGAGUGAGAAACGAAGAGAAAAGUGUGGAGAAGAGUGCUAGAAAACUUCGCUUCGUCGUGCGCUCGUCGUUCAUUCGGUUUCGGAACGUCGUACAGAAAAGUUGCAUUUUGCUCUAUCUGCUGAAGUGACCAGUUUGGAGUAGUUCUUCCGUUAUCAGUUUACCAGUGUGUGCGCUGAGUGUUCCUUCAUUUGUGAUAAGUUUCAAUUACGCGAUAAAUCGGAGAAUGUCAGGAAAAGUCGAAAACGGUAGUGCCCCGAAGGCCGUGGUUACCACGAACGAUGAUCAGGCCAGCCUGCUGCCGCACCUGGAAUCGCUGGAUCGCAUGCUGAAGUUGCCGGUCGUGGACGCAACCUGGCAGCAGACACAAAACGUCUACGGACGGGUUAAAGACUGCAACCCACUACUAACAUGGGCCCUCGGAACGGCCGAAGAUGUGGUACACCGUGCCGUCACGAUUUCCGCUCCGCUGGUCCAGAAGCUGGACCGCCCACUGCAACUGGUCGACCAAACCCUAGUCAAGGGAAUCGAUAAGCUCGAGGUGAACGCUCCGAUCAUCAAGGAGCAACCCCAGGAGAUCUACAAUCAGGCCAAAUCGAAGGUGCUGGAAACGGUUAAACCCUACACUGAGAAGGUUUGCGAAAUGCGUUCCGCAACCCAGCAGCGGGCUUCCUCCCUGAAGGAUCUCUCCUGGAAGAAGGUGAACGAAGUACUGGCCACACAGUACGGCAGCAUUGCUGUGUCCGGAGUGGACACCACAGCUCAGCUGGCCGAGCGUUUAUUGGAUUACUACUUCCCGAAAAGUGAGGGUGAUAUUGAAGACGAUAAUGCCGCUAUUUCCGCCAAAGACGACCCCGUUCUGCACACCGUCCAAACCGUCGGUCGCCUCUCGAACAAAGUCGCCCGCCGCGUCUACCGGACAGUCUCCAAGCAGGUCAAGUCCCUCCGGAAGGAGGACGUCAAGGAUUACGUCGCCACCCUGAUCGCGGUGCUCCGUCUGACCCAGUACCUGAACUUCAUCAACGACAAACGCAACCAACAGCAGCAGGCAAUCGAAGCUUCCGCCACGGAGACUCCCAGUUCCUCGGCCACGACCGUUUCGGACGUGCUUGCCACCACAAACAGCAGCCAAACGCUGAAGGAAAAGCAGCAGAAACGGCAACAGAAAACCUCCAGCGGUAAUUCCUCAGCCUCAGCCACCACCAGCAGCAACAGCAACAACACCAUUGUCCCCCCGACCAGCGACGGAACGGCAAACAACGUUAGCAAACCUCCCAAGGAUGAAUCACAGCAGUGAGGGAACGUGGCCUGGUCGCCUCUAUAACUACUGGAACUGAUUAACUAAUGGUAGAUUGUUAGUUUAUUUCCAAUACCUUUUUCGCUAUUUUAGGAACAUGUUGCGUCAUGUGUGUGUGUGUGUGUGAGCAUGCAAAAAUCAAUUGUAUGUGUGAGUGUUACUAUUGAAUGGAACAUUGUCUUGUUUAGCUUUUCUUAUAUUUUCUUCCCCGGGGAGUUAGUUUGUAGUAAAGAAGUUUAUAUUUUUCAACCUAUUCGAUAAGCAAUAUAUGUUUAAAGAGCUCUAUAUUACUGUUUACUCAGUGCGUCAUAAAUAUGUGAAACUAUAAAAAAAUCAAAAAUACAUUGCAGGAUAUUGUAUACAAUCCUAUUAGCUGAA